AUGAGGAAGAAGAAGAUGAGAUACAACAGGAACCUCCCGUACAAGGAAGAAGAGAGUGAUGUUGAUAGUAAUGGUGACGGGGAGGAUGAUGGUAAUGGUAGUGAAAAGGAGGAGGGUUUAGAGGAGGAGGAAGAGGAUGAAGGAAAUAAUGGUGGCGAUGAGAAGGAUGAUGAUGAUGGUGGUGAUAAGGUUAAUCAAGGUAAAGAUGAUGGUGAUAAAGAUGAUGAGGAGGAUGAAGGUGAUGAUGGUGGUAAUAAGGUGGGUGAAGAGAUUGAACAACCGAAGAAUAAAAGGAGGGUAAAGAAUGAUGGAACGGAUAUUGCAUCUAGAGCGAGACACAUUCCCCCAGAACAUUUGCAGCUGAAAUGUCUUAGCAAUGGUAAAGCGAGAGGAGAACCUAGAUAUGGUUGUGAAGUUCUAUUUAGAUAUCGGGGAUCGUGGGCUUGUACCAUCUAUGAGACAAUCGAACAUAGAAAUGUCGUCCGUCUUUUCAGGCACCAAUCUUCUUUCAGGAAAAUGGAGUUGUGGCCGCUAGAUAAAGAAUGUGCAAGAGUUAGAGCGUAA